UUUCCAAUAGGAGCUUGGGCAUCUUGCGUCAACGUUCAAUACAGUCAGUCACACAAAACGAAAAAUAGUAGAGAAACCAAUUGGAUAACAAAAAAAAACAACAAAUAAUUCAUUUAAAAAAAGAUUCGGGUAAUUCCUGCAGCAUUUCAAAAUGUUCUUUGAUGUGCUCUAUGUGGUGCUGUCCUCCAUGUCAAGUGCCACAUAUAAUAUAGUGGCAGCGGUUUGGAAAAUCGAAGAGGCUUCAAUUCACUUCAUGAUGACUUGUUUUUUGUUCGGAUUGCGUUUGGUAUGCCAUCCUGUGCUGAUUUUGCCCAUGCUUAUUGGUGCGUUCUAUACUCUACGCAAUUUUUGGCAACGUCGUCGCCGACCUUUAAGCGGUAUUUCGGAUGGAUGUGCUUUAACCACCAAUGUCAUGUCACCCAAUCCACGGCCUUUUGGACGCAGCCCACGCCUACGUUCCUAUCGCAGUCUGGGCAAUAACACAACUCGCAGCUAUGACAGCUUUGAUGGAUCUGAAGAGGAGCGCCCUUUGAAUUAAAUGAUCCAAGUUUAUAUAUUUACUAUCACAUAUAAGAAAUUUGUCCGGA